AACGCCCUCUUGCGGCGGCGGGUUAUCACGACGGCGGCGGAUUUUCAACAUCUACGACUUGACCUAUUCAUCGUGCGUGACAUAAACAACUGGUUUUUUCGUCCUCGGUCUCGUGUACGUUGCAGUGUCAGUUGGAAAGAUGUCAUCACAGACUAAUUGCGACCAUUGUGGAGGUCCAUAUCAGAAACGUGUUGGAGGGUCUAGCUAUCUUCGGUACAGAGUAGGUCUUAUGGUAGACCAGGAAUCUGCAGAAGUUCUCUUUCCGUUGGUAAAUGCGACAGCAGGGUUUGUCUGUCAAAAAUGCAGGUCGUUUGCUAUGUCCAAGUGUAGGAAAGUGAAGGGACUUGCUAUAUCCAAGUGUAGGAAAGUGGGACGAAGGACACGGGCAGCAUAUAGGCUGCCACCCUCAGCAAUAGCAAGAUGGAGGAGUGGGCUGCCACUCGAGGAAGACCAAGAGCAAGGAACAGAAGCAUGUGCCCCGCUUGAUAGUGGUUCUCCUAUGGAAGCAGUUGGAUCUCUGCCACCUACAAACAACAGUGAUGAGGCUAAUGUGAUGCCACACAGUCUUCCAGCCCAGCCAUUGCUGUAUAAAAGAGGAAAAAAACCAACUUACAAGGUUUCAACAAAAAGACGCACAUUGGCUGCCAUUGUGGCUGACUCCCCACCACCCAGAAAGCCACGUGCACUGAAGAGACUAAAUAAGAAUAUCGAGCAAGAACAUGACUAUGCAAAGAUGGUGGCUUCGGUGAGGGAAAGCGACAACCUGAAGAGCAAAUUAGCCACGCAAAAAGAGUGUGCAAAUCCCUUUGGUAGUGGCUCUACUAUGGUAGCAGUGGGAUCUCUGCCACCGACAAACAGCAGUGAUGAGGUUAAUGUGAUGCCACACAGUCUUCCAGCCCAGCCAUUGCCGUAUAAAAUUCCAAGAAGAAAAGCAGCUCACAAGAAAGACGCCAUCAACAGCGCAAGAAAGAGUAACUAUAGAGAAACCCUGGAGCAUCUAUGGUGCCUGAAACAAGGAAGGCAGGCUAUCAUUGAAUUUGUCAAGCAUAAAUUGAAGGAGGAGUUGAGAAGUGUGCAAGGCACAAGGAAACUAUCGACACUGCACAAGUCUGCAACAAUGGAGAAUGUGCAAGAAUUUCGAUGGUCAAAUGUUGUCCAAGAAGCCAAAUCCGUAAUGCCCUUCACGAUGGUGACUUUGAAAGGGUUGCUACCGUCACUGUCCAGUGUAAAAAGAAAGAAAAGAAAAGGCCCUAGGACAGAGCGGAAGAAGUUGACGACCAGAGAAGCACGAGCGGUGUGGAAUCUAAAGGCUGGUAACAUCCUGGCAAUUCUGCUGUUUAUGUGGAGACCAGAUAUCUACAAUCUCUGGCAAUCGGUUCUUGGAGUUGAAAUGUGGCAUCAAGGUGCAACUCAAAAACUUAUAACCAUCUUCCAUCGUCUUGGCCUGUGCCAAGCAGUGGUGACAGUUCGAAGUAAGGUGAACCAGAUCUGUACUCUCUACGACAGAGAAUUGAUGGAGAAGGCUGAAGUUGCUAAUGUUCCAGAUGCCACAGUCAUGAACGUUCCAGAUGCCACAGUCAUGAACGUUCCAGAUGCCACAGUCAUGAACGUUCCAGAUGCCACCAUUAUGAACAUUCCAGAUGCCACAUUCAUCAAUGUUCCAGAUGCCACAAACAUGAAUGUUCCAGAUGCCCCAGUCAUGAAUGUUCCAGAUGCUAUGCAACAACCUCCUGAUACCAGACUCAGCAUCAAAGGCAUUCUUACAUCAGUAUCACGUUUAAAGUUGGGUAACGGCAGGAAACACAAGACGCUACAGAUCUGUGCUGACCAGCAUUCCAAAGACAAGAUUGUUGUCAUCCUCUGGGAGAAUGCAGCUACUCAAGACAUGCCUGGACUCAACUCAGCUGUGACAGUCACAAAUGUUGCAACCAAGAUGUGCUCAAACAGGAUGACCUUCAAUUCAACAGAGGAAACACACGUCAAGCCAGAUGACCAGUGCACUACCAAAGACAUUGCAGUCACUUCCUUAGCUGAAGAGAGAUGCAACAUCCUCUUGCUGACAGAAGACAAUGAAGUGCUGUAUGUGGCGCCCUCUAUCUUCAGCAGUUUCAGCAACACAGUUCUUGAGCAAGUUGUACUUCCUUUUUCAGCCACUGUCACUUUCAAUGCUGCCACGAAUGUGAUCAGUGACAUGCAACACAUUCCCUGCAGUGCAUCAGUCAUGGAAGUUACAUGAAGACCGCUAGACCAAAUCACACCAUGCACAGUCAAGGACCACCUCAGUCAACAUGGGCAAUUCCUUGAUGCUUUCUUUAUUGUUCCUUACGUUUCUGUAUCAUAUGGAAGCAUUUCUUAUAUCGUUAUUCAAUUGUUGUCUGCUGUGAUGUGAGAUAUGCUGUUUAACCCCUGCACUUGUUACAUUGUGUAUUGUCAUAAUUCAUCUAUCAUAAUUGUACACAUUACUUGUAGCUAUCUAAAAAGUAACUUACUAACUUAUUGUUAAAAAGCUUACCUCUUGUGAAACUAUUCCUUGGGGCAUGCUGUUAUUUUGAAGAAAACGGAAGGUUUGUUUCGAAAGAUGAGUCAAGUGACAUUUUUUUUUCAUUUCUGUGUGUAAUAUGACAUGAAAAUAUCAUUGAAAUUGACUUCAAACUAUUGUAAAUUGUUUAGCAGGUAGUUUGCAUGACAUAAUCACUCUUGGAGGUCGAAGGCAUGAAAAGAUGUGUUCUGAAUUUACAAAAACGGACGUCAGAUGUAACAGGGACACCAACAAAAUUGGACCCUGAAUUUAUAGAGUUACCCACGGACGUAUGCUUGGUUGCUAUCAUUCAUCGGUUCAGUGCAUAAUAUCAUGUAGCUGCUAUUGGCUGAAUGAGAACAUGUGUUCCUAAUGUUGAUUUUGGGCGCAAUUAAAAAUUUGACUCGGCAACUUAUGAGUUGAAAUCUAGAUCCUAGAAUAUUGUUUUCUGACAGUAUACAGCAUUCACAGAGCUAAAAGUUGUUUUUAGAUAUUUUUAUUUGCUUCAAAUGAAAAAAACUACACAAUAACAAAUGAUCCACUCUACAUUUAACCUGAUAACAAUUUAAUGAAAACCAUGAAUCAUACCAGAUACCUAGACAUUUCAUCAGUUUGUUCUUAAAACAAAAAGAGGGGUUUUUUUGUUUCUUAAUGCUUUUAAUUCAUGAAAUUGAAAAGUUAUAACUAUUCCCAUAUUCUGCUUGCUCCAAAAGAGAUAUAUCUUCAGACCUGAGUACAUGCAUCUACCAAUGCACUGUGUAGUGUUGACAUAUAAUACCCGUAUACCCAUGUUUGACAUUUACGAGCACCACGUCUAAAAUUAAAGAUAUUGAUACAGCCUUAUUCAAAUUCCGUUAAAGUAACCAUAAAUUACUCUGUAAAUAUUAUAUCAUUACAUGAAGAUCAGUAUGUAUCUUUCAUUACUGAAACCAAAAUAAAGUGUUUUGUAGCAGCGUAUGUAA